CAGAGUAUCGUCCGCCAGGAUUUUAGUAUUCGGCAUUGUAAUAAUUCCGGAUUGACCCGACUGUUCCGCAUCGAGUGUGGGGUGCCACGCUCUGUGCCUCUCAUCAUGCAUCGAUGUCUGGCCCUCCCCGAAAUCGCAAGCCAGAUCUGCGAGAAUCUGCGUAUGUUUUUGUCGGGCUUCCCCGAUAGGCUCGCUCUCUCAGUCCUCGCGCGGACCUCACGUGCGAUCUUCCUGGAACCGGCCCUGGACGCGCUCUGGCGCCAGCAAAGCACGCUCGUGAAUCUGCUGCGCUGCAUGCCGAAAGACCUGUGCGAGAUAUCCAGCGUCUCGAUGGAUCCGCAUGAGUGUCUGCUGCUUGUCCACUUCCGCCGGCCGAUCCGCGAGUCGGACUGGGACCGGGCUACGUACUAUGCACGUCGCGUGCGGGUGUUGGAUUGCUCGGGCAACGACGAAAUACUUUCCCAGAUAUUGCCUUUCCUGCAGGACGCCCUGGGCAGCAGAGCUCUAUUUCCUCGGCUCCGCGAGCUGGUAUGGCUCGAUCAUCCUGAGUCGGACUUGAAGUACCUCCCUGUGUUCUUUGGCCGCGAUUUGGUCACACUGGUCUUGACCUGCAGUGCGCCGAACCCAAAUCACGUCGCUCUGCUGGAUACGCUUGCGGACAGAAGCCCCUCAUUGGAUUCACUCAGCAUCUUUGGAACUCCGCUCUCGACUGAAGCUUGUGCAAUCAUUCGCAGGUUCCGCCAUAUCACGUGUCUCAAUUUGGCUGCGGCGUCUGCCGCUGGGCUGAUUCACUUUUCUCACCUUCCCAAUCUGGAGGAUUUCAAUAUGCGUGACAUUCCGGAAGACAUGGCUGCAUCGGAGAACGAGAUUGCGCCCCUCGCCCAAUUGACCAAGUUCGCAGCAGGAAUGAGCUCGUUUAGCGCCCUGCGCACCGCUCUCCCGUUGUGCGCAGACUCACCCCUCCAAACGUAUAUGGUCUCGAUUAUUACCCCAUCGCCGGGCACCGAGCUUGAACGAUUUUUCUCCGAAUUCGCACACAACCGCGGCAAGCACGCGACGUCGCUCGUCACGCUGCAGUUUAUCGUGCCAUAUCAAGCCUACGAGGAGCUGCCCGGCUCGUCGGCCGAGUUCAUGUUCCCCGCUUCCGCCCUGCGGUGUCUGCAUACCCUCUCCGGUCUCGCGCACGUGCAUAUAUCCGCGCUGGGAUUCGAUAUCGACGGGAGAGAUCUCCUGGCGCUGGGGCGAGCGCUGCCCAAUCUGAUCAGCCUUGCACUCGCCUCGCUCCUUCCGGCCAGCACCCCGCCACGCCUCAAACUGUCUGCGCUCCCCUCGCUGGCAAACCAGUGUCAGCAUCUGAAGUUCUUAGACCUGUCCUUCGACACGGCCGAAGUGGUCCCUAGCCGCCCUUCCAGAUUGAGCCACAUAGAGCUCAAUGUGGGACUUUCUCCCCUGGAGGAUGGGGACCAAUACGGAGUGAUGGAGUUUUUCGAGUUUUGUCUCCCGGGCGUCCGGUUGCGUGAUCCGUGGGCAACAAGACACGACGGUCCUAACCCAGACCUCAGCGAGGAGGUUCAGCGAUGGAGAGAUGUCGCAGCACAUCUUGAUAGAAUGUAUAAGAAUAGGGAAUAAGCUGACUACAAUUACAAACUUGUGAGUUGGUCUGGUAUCGUAAAAGUAAAUUUGGCCGGAAAAUAUCCGCGUGGGACGAAUAUAGCUCAGGAUCUGCUCCCGGACUGCGGUUCUUGAUAUCCGUUCACGAAGAGACAAAUAGCACUUUGGUUUGGGGAAUGAGGGUAGGACGAGGCCGGGAGAUAUUAAUUAUGAGUACAUCGAUCGAUAUAGCUGGCUGCGUCAGGAAAACACACAUACCGAUAAGACUGCGACUACCUAGGUCCUACAAGCACCGAACCUUCUCUAUUAUCAUGCGAUCAUCCAUCACGGGAAUUUGCGGGGUUUCACACGCCGUUUUAGACAUAGCUUGUGCUCUCCUGAUCAUCAUCCCUUCAUCCAACGAUUGUUCUUCCAUGGCGCCCGUAGCGGUUCUCCCACGCGUCUUCACCCCAUCCCACUUCAAUCCACCGCUCUCAACGGCAGCACGGGGUUAUCAUGUUCUCCCGGUGGUCCUCCACCACCAAGGCCAUAACGGGAUCUGAGGCGGACGGCGGCACAGGACGCGCAGCACACGGAACAGGGAACCGUAGAAGCAGGGGCCAUACCCGGGGGAUCAGUGAGUCGCCCAUGCUAGGAAAGCAAGACACAGCGGCACCCACUGCGAGUCGACUCGAUCGCUUCCUGAAAAGCCACGACAAGAAGCUGCGCGUGGAGGACACUCCGUCCCAGCGCCCUGGCUCCCGCGCCACGCACCGAGAGGGGCCCCGCCACCAGGCUCCAUCGGCAGCUAUCGUGUCGUCUAUGCUCGGGGCGUUGGAUCCCGUGCACAACGUCAGCACCGUGCGGGGGCUGGACGUCCCGCGCCGGCACCAUGCGACGGAAUCAGUCUCUGGCAGCUCUGGGAAGGGAUCACUCACCGCCGGGAUGUCGCAUGAGGAGGGUCACCAGAUGCGCGGGCCGUCGACGCCGCCCGCUGAGUGGGUUGUUCCGGGAACUCGAAGCUCACAGGGUGUCUCUGAUGUUGGGCACCGAUAUGCAUCUGCGUCGGCGGCGCCGAGGAAGGCGCCGCACUACGUUCUGGCCAGGCAGGCCGCAGGCGCGUCCGUGCCGAGAGGGCCGCCGUAUGCUGCUGCAGUCGCCGCAGUGCAGCAGGGAUGGGGCACCUUGUCGAGCUCGUCCACCAACUCGUCGCUUCGCCCGCUCUCCGUCAGCAGUUCUCCUUCGUCGCAUCGCGUAGCUACAGCGCCUCGCGUCCGGACGCCAGACCCGGACGCCCACGAGCGUCCUGCACCAGCACCGAGCCCUCCCUCGAUCCCGGCUCGGCGACCCAUCUUGCCACUCGCCAUUCUACGCACACCUGCGGAUCCCACCAUGACUACGGACUCGGAUUCGGACUCAGACUUGGAUUCGGACGACUUGGAUUCGGACGCUGUGUCGCACGCGGGUGCUGCUGGGAAGGGUCCGCGUGAAGGGCUUAGCCCGCUCUCGGGAACGUACCGGCGGGAAGCGGGGUGGAGCGGGGAGUGGAAUGUAUCUGGAGGCGGCGCACCGUUGUCGGGUGACGAUUCUAUGGGUGGGAUGGGUGAUGUGGUGAGUCGCCUGCGGGACUUGCGCGCGCGUUGAGGCAGAAUCGAAGCUAUGACUAUGAGCCGCUGCAAGGGCUGAAAAUGUAUACGAUACUGUGACUUCUACUUCAUAAACGGUACACAUGGGAUUCAAGACAGGCACAACCAAGUAUCAAGACGGUACAUACAACGAUAAUGUAUUAUUCGGGCCAAGACAGGCCACCUGACGGGCAUCAAGUCUCAUCGACGAGCACCAGCUCCCCCAACUCACCCACGAGCUCCUUCAACUCGCCCUGUUCGCUCUCCGCCAAGCCAUUCAGAGUGACUGCAUCAAGCUUCAGGCGAGCCAGCCAACGCCCAUGGUCUCGGUACGCUACAAGGAGGCGCGUCAAGGCUUGGACCCAACUCGCCGGGCCGUCCCAGGGGCGCCGCAAGACGUAAGGCUCCAGGUCGAGCGGGACGCACACUUGGAUCUCCCUGACGCCCAAAGUUUGAGGAAGACAGCUCCGCAAUGCUGCGCACACGCCAGCGCCGGUAUGAUCUGCUGCGAGUCUGACGAUCUCCAAGGCCGGGAGGGCAGAGACGAUGGAGUCCCAGGCCAUGGAAGGUAGAUCAGCUGCCCGUGCCUCGAGCUCAGAGACGGUGAGUAGGGGAAUGGCAUUGAGUACCGCUUGAGACACCUCGUGCAUCUGGCCUGCAGACUCUCCGUAUCCAUCUAUCGCAAACACAGGAGAGUCAGGACUCGACUCCCUCCCGCUUGUCAGGGAAAAUCUUGGAGAUACGAGCGAGAAGGAACACUUCUGGAAGCGGGACUGGUUCAGGGUAGUGAUCAUUAACAUCUCCGGGCGCUGCUCAUUGACGGUUGUGAUGAUGUGGUCGCGUAUGGGCUCGAGAACCGCUUCGGCUUGUGAAGCAGUUCUCAAUAGUACUGGGUGCAGUUGUAAGCGGGUCUUCAGUGGGAUCCGGAGUAAGGUCAGAAGAGCAGCACAUUGGUCGCACGCUUCGGAAAUCAUAAGCUUGGCAAGUUUCGAUAGUGGUACGGACCCAUACUCGCGGUCUGCAGACAGUCGGGCGGUUGCCCGAUUGUCGAGUGUGGCGAAGAGCAAAAGGGACGUGAGAUCAGGACAAGCUCGCAAAACGUCCAAGAGAGACGCAAACGACCAUCCCGGGUACGAGGCACGAUCGAGAUGCAGCUCUUGUAGCUCCGACAAGCCCACUGGACAUACAAAGAUGCGUCGCAAACGGAGUGAGCGCAGACAUCCCAGACGGACGACGAAUGCAUCAGGAAUCCGUGCAGGACGGGCCGAAACAUCGGGUGGUGCCUCAUACACACGACACUCCAGCCGCAACAUCCGCAGUGCCCCAAACCGUCCCUGGUUCUGCGGCGCACAUAUCUCUUCCACCAGGACGUUCAUAUCCCUACUCGGGCCCUCUAGCUCCAGGCUCUGCACGCGCUCCGCGACGCUGAGGAUGGGCGAUAGAUCGAACGGGCUGUCGAAGUCCCCAAUGCGCACGUGAAGAGGCAGCUGCGCCGAGCGCUCGAUGUGCGCCCGCAGGAACGCGCGGGAGGGGGAGGAGGCGGAGAAUAUCGUGCACCACAUCGCAGGUGUAUCACGUACGAGCGCCGCCCACGCCUUGCAUGUGAGCAUGAACGUCUGCAAUUGGUAGUCGGAGUGCGCCCAGUGCGGGUCGCGCAUGAUCCGUGACAGGAUAUUGACGGUGAGCUCGCUCGGAAUGGAGAGGAUGGGGGGAGGCACGUUUCGCUGAACGAGGCGCGGCAUUAUGGAGGAAUAGAGGCAGGUUUCCCGGUCUUUGGACGGGCGAGCGCAGGUGUCACAGUCUUUACGCGUGUCUUGGUUCACGAGGU